GCGCAUGCGCACAGUCCAGCCACCGGCGUUAAAUUAGGAAUCACGAGGUUGCCCGCGUUUGACGGUUGGGGAAGGGAGGGACGCCAACUCACUUCGCGGAUAAAAGUUGCGGGUUGCUGAAGCGGCGGUACCCGGCUGUCUGGCGCGGCGGCGGCUAAUCGGCGCGAGGCGAACCACCCAUAGAAGAUGGAUACUCUGGAGCUGCUGUCCAAGGAGGAAACCGUCAGGCUGAGGAAGCGACACGUGGGGGAGUCGUGCAAGCUGUUCUUCAGGAGCGACCCGCUGAAGAUAGUGCGCGCGAAGGGACAGUACAUGUACGACGAGAAGGGACAGCAGUACCUGGACUGCAUCAACAAUGUGGCUCACGUGGGGCACUGCCACCCGGACGUGGUGCGCGCGGCGACGGAGCAGCUGGCCGUGCUCAACACCAACAACAGGUUCCUGCACGACAACCUGGUGCUGUGCGCCAAGCGCCUGACGAGCCUGCUGCCCGAGCCGCUGUCCGUGUGCUUCCUCGUCAACUCGGGCUCCGAGGCCAACGACCUGGCGCUGAGGCUGGCGCGCGCGCACACCGGCCACCACGACGUCGUGGUGCUGGACAGCGCCUACCACGGCCACCUGUCCUCGCUGAUCGACAUCUCGCCCUACAAGUUCAACCAGCCCGGCGGCCCGGGCAAGCCCGACUGGGUGCACGUGGCGCCGGUGCCGGACGUGUACCGCGGCAAGUACCGCGCCUCGGACGACCCGGGGCGGGACCUGGGCGAGCUGUACGCCGAGGAGGUGCGCCUGCUGUGCCGCCGGGCCAAGGAGGCGCAGCGGCCCGCCGCCGCCUUCUUCGUGGAGAGCCUGCAGAGCUGCGGCGGCCAGAUCAUCCCGCCGCCCGGCUACCUGCGGCACGCCUUCAGGCACGUGCGCGAGGCGGGAGGCGUGUGCGUGGCCGACGAGGUGCAGGUGGGCUUCGGCCGGGUGGGCAAGCACUGGUGGGCCUUCCAGCUGCAGGGCGAGGACGUGGUGCCCGACAUAGUGACCAUGGGCAAGCCGAUGGGCAACGGCCACCCGGUGGCGGCGGUCGUCACCACGCGCGCCAUCGCCGACAGCUUCCGCGACACCGGCCUCGAGUACUUCAACACGUACGGCGGCAACCCGGUGUCGUGCGCCGUGGCGAACGCCGUGCUGGACGUGCUGGAGCGCGAGAAGCUGCGCGAGCACGCGACGCGCGUGGGGCACCACCUGCUCAACUCGCUGCGGCAGCUGGCGGCCAGGCACCAGGUCGUGGGGGACGUGCGCGGCGCCGGGCUGUUCGUGGGCGUGGAGCUGGUGAAGGAUAGCGCCACGCGCUCUCCCGCCACCGCCUUCGCGCAGCACGUCGUCACCAGGAUGAAGGAGGAGAACAUCCUGCUGAGCGCGGACGGGCCGGACAGGAACGUGCUCAAGAUCAAGCCGGCGAUGGUGUUCAGCCACGAGAACGCCGACCACCUGGUGCGGGUGCUGGACGAGGUGCUAGCAGAGCUGCCUGAGGACAUGGAGGUGCCAUCCAGGUCUUCCUCCCCGGAGCGGAGGAAGCUGGAGGGGGACCCCUCCUACGACGGCAACUCCCCCAACGAGAAGAAGAUCAAGAUCGACGACCGCCAGUCGGAGAAGAUCAUCCCCGCGUGAGGAGAGAGCCAGUUAGUUUCAAACCUUUCCCGUCGACGUCGGGAGGUUUCGAGGCUUCGCGUGUUCUUUGCGUUUCUCUCCCGCGUCGCGAGUUCCGUUUUUAUUCCCGGCUCAGGGACGGAUCCAAGAUGGCUUCGGGGAAUAGAAUGGUCAGCCCAAACACCGGGGGCGCAUGACUGGCCGAAAAAAAAAAAAUUCUUUUUGAAGAUUACAAAAAGUGUGGAAUAAAGGUCGAAUAGAAAAAAUAAAUAAAUAAAUGACACAAUUUGCAGGCUGAGGCUCACCCAUGCGUUGUGGCGAAAAAAAAAACAUCGAAACGCACUGCGAACAAUAUCCAUGGGCCAGGUUGUUUGUUCACUGCAAGUUAUGUCUUCGAUCAGAAACCUAGUAUGGCGCAAAAAAUAUCCAGACAAGCAUGUCCUAUAUUGUGCAUGUUUUUUAAAAAAAAACUUUUUUUUAAUGGGUGGUUUGUACCAUCCAAAUCUAUUACAAACAAAACAUUUUAGAAGAAUUCAGUAAGGUCUACUUUCAACUCAGUGUAUAUCCUUCCACCGCAUACUGAAAUUAGUAAUGGCAUGACCCAUCAGGGGCUUACAUCAAUAUGUUGAUCACAUCAAUGACAUUAUUACAAAAGCAAAUAAUAUAUAUAUUUUUUACCUAUUCAUAGUCUAAUUUGUAAAAAAAAAAAAAAAAAAAAAAAGAGCUCUCACAGAUAAGAAUGGCCACAAAACAAACUAUUUAAUUCAUGAGAAGGUGUUGAAUUAAGAAAAUUCUUUAAUAUCAUCACUUCCAAACUAACUGUGUGUUGGUCUAAUCAACAAACAUGUUCUUUUAUUCUAAAUUCGACUAGUCAUAUUAUUUCCCCAAAGGUUGAUUUGUAAAGACUGACUGAAUUUACUAAAAAAAAUAUUUAGAAAUAAAUCAGUUAGUUGUUUCUAGUAUAGUAAUAAAACCAGACAAUUACUUAAGGAAUUUCUUAAAAAAAUUGCAUUAUCAUCUGUAUUACUCAAUAAUGUUUUAAAUAAUAGACAUAGUUUCUAAAAGGAUAAAAACAGGAUGUAUUUAAGCUCUUCGUCAUUAUUUAACUAAAUGGUGAUUUUAUAAAUUUGUUAUUGUUACAAUACUGUAUCAGCUUUGUCACAAUAUAUGUUUUUUUUAAAAGAAACCAAGACAUUGUGCAUCAAAAAUUUGUAUUCUGCCUGUAAUUUAAUAACUUGACGGAUUGUUUUUUCAUUUCAAAGUGUUUAGCAGAUCAAAUAAUUUAAGGUAGGUAUGUUUAUUGAAAAUUGUACCUAGUCAGGAGUUUGUAAAUAUCUCCGUAGAGAGCAAUAAGAACAUAUUAUAAUACAGGACCAUGAAUUUAUUUUUUAUAUAUGACUUACACAGAUGGUAUAAGAGUAAUCUUAGAUUAAUCCAAAGUCACAAGUAAUUACAUUGAUGUCUUCGUAAAAUAAUAAAAACUUGUACAUUUUUUUUUACUUGAACUCAGUAUGUUUAUCAUGUUUAUACUCAACAAUUUGAAAUCAGAUAAAAAACUUGCACAAAA